AUGACGGUUGAGGACGAAUGCAUCUCCGGGUCGGCGUACCCGGCGUUCAUGGGUGUGGGCGACAGUCUCGGACGAACGACUCUGACGAAUUCGUCGAGGAGGAAAAGCUUUAACGGCACGGGGGGUCACGAAAACGCGACGAGUCACAACGCGACGACGACGCGUAGUACAAAACGCGCGAAUAAAACUUUGCGCGGGGAGGGAGAGAAAUUCAAAAUUGGAAACGACGCGAACCGAGACGAAGACAACGACACGGAGGAUGAAGAAGAAGAAGAAGAAGAAGAAGAAGAAGAAGACGAAGACAUCGAACGACUCACCGAAAAACACGGAGGACGCGGCGUGCAAAACGCGUGCUCGAUACGGAACAUCGCUCGAGCGAUAUUCAGAGACAUUCGCGAGAAAAAGAAAGGCUUGAGCGAAACGGAUUUGGUCGCUUUGGAGUGCAUCUUUGGCGAGACGAAUUUGGGGAGAGCGCUGGACGUCGCCUCGAGUCGAGGAGGGGUGACGAGGUUUAUCGGGAAAAAAUCGAGACGAACGGUGUACGCGGUGAAGGCGACGACGACGACGACGACGACGAAUGGUGGUGGUGGUGGUGGUGGUAUGAAUGGUGGCGGCGCGACGAUGAACGACGACUACCGCGGCGGCGGCGGCGGACAACAACAACAACAACAACAACAACAACAACAUCUGACGUACCCGGACCAUUUUUGCGCGUGUAAAGGUUUUACGUGGGACGUGGUUUCCAGGGACGAGAAGUUGAUGUGUAAACACAUGUUGGCGGCGGCGUUGGCGGAGAGCGUUGGUGGGUGCGACGAGGUGGAGAUGGACGACGCGGUGUUGGCGAACGUGUUGGCGCGAGAGAUGUUAGAAUAA